GUACGCGAAAAUCAAUCGUUUCAGCUGGUUGUCGCAGCAAGACAGCGAGCGUGUCAAUCAAACUCGUGAGCCUGCCUUAACGUCUCUACACUUCGUGCCCGUGUGCCGCCGUGUAUCUCUGUGUGUGCAGACAGCAAUAACAAUAGCUUUGCUUAUCGCCAAAUCAGUUGCUAACGUGUGCGUGUAUGUGUGUGUGAAGCUCUGUCGCAGUUUUUGUACGUUAUGUGCAAAAAUUCAUGAAAUCCACUGUUACAAACGAAACGAAAGUGUUACGCAGCCAAUUCUUGGUCUUGUAAUUAACACUACAGCUGCAGCAGCUACAAUAACAACAAAAAUAACACCAACACCAUUUAACACUUACCUUGACGUCAUUUUUUUUUUCAGACGACAAAAACGUUAAAUAAACGUAUUUGUUGUUGUCGGUGUUCAGUGCUUUGGUUUUUGGUGGCUGGCUGUGCUUGGCACGAACCGAACGAACGAACGUUUUUAAUCAAAACUUGUUGUUGUUGUUGCUAUUGUUAUUAUUGUCACUCGGGUUUAUACAGUGCGUAAAAAUCGUCUGGCGGCGACCGCGAAAAAAGACCGAGUGUAAAAAUUUGCAUUAAUGCAGCACCGCGAUGUCAAAUUAAUGAAUGAGUUUUGCGCACAACAACACUAGCAAAAGGCAAACAAAACUAAUUGCAAAAACAAACAAAAUUAACCGUGAAAAUAAGCGCGAAAGAAGCAAAGAAAAAACAUCACUAUGGUUUACUACAUACCAAUUUUCGGACGUACCGAUCCCCCGGACAAAAUAAUAACAAAGGAGAAAAGUGUGGUCUGCCUGCAGGAUGAUUUUGGACACCUAGGACUUGCCGCCACAGAUCUUCCCUUCAAGUCUGCGGACAUCGAUUCAGCUGCGCCGCAGCAUCACAACAACUAUGCAGAGAUUACGGACAGCAGUGCCGAGAACACGUGCCAGCAACGCUGGCCACCACAUACGGGAGGUGGUGGAUUGGCCAGCGCUUUCGGUCAUCCGGAUAAGCCGAUUAGCUGGAUGUACGGCUUGCUGGGUUGCAUGAAGCCCGUUUUGUCUUUCAUUGGCAAGGCGGGCGUCAUCGAGGUGAAGAACCAGCGCAGCGAAAACUGGGAAAUACCCUUUGAGUCCAUUACGGAUCUGGACUGGUUGGGCAGUGGUGCGCAGGGUGCCGUCUUCAGCGGCAAGCUGAACAAUGAAAUUGUGGCUGUCAAGAAGGUGAAAGAGCUGAAGGAGACAGACAUCAAGCAUUUGCGCAAGCUGGAUCAUGAGAACAUCAUCAAAUUCAAAGGCGUUUCCACGCAGUCCCCUGUGUUUUGCAUCAUCAUGGAGUAUUGUCCGUAUGGCCCGCUGCAGAACAUAUUGAAGGAGGAGCAGGUCAUGUUGCCGUCCCGUUUGGUCUCUUGGUCCAAACAAAUUGCGUUGGGCAUGCAAUAUUUGCACUCACAUAAGAUCAUACACAGAGAUCUAAAGAGUCCCAACAUACUGAUUAGUACAAAUGAAGUGGUGAAGAUCAGCGACUUUGGCACCAGUCGCGAGUGGAAUGAGAUUAGCACGAAGAUGAGCUUCGCGGGCACUGUUGCCUGGAUGGCGCCCGAGGUUAUUCGAAAUGAGCCGUGCUCCGAGAAGGUCGAUAUUUGGUCGUACGGCGUUGUGCUCUGGGAAAUGCUCACCUGUGAAAUACCGUACAAGGAUGUCGACUCAUCGGCCAUCAUUUGGGGCGUGGGCAACAAUUCGCUGAAGCUGCUGGUGCCCAGCACCUGUCCCGAGGGCUUCAAGCUGCUCGUCAAGCUCUGCUGGAAGAGCAAGCCGCGCAAUCGCCCCUCCUUCCGGCAAAUACUCAGUCAUCUGGACAUAGCCGGGCCGGAGCUGUUGCGUAAAAGUGAAAAGCAAUAUUUCGAGACGCAAAAGUCGUGGAAAGAGGAGGUGCGCUGCCAUCUCAAGGAGAUCACUCAGAACGGCACCAGCAUACACAAGUAUGAGCAGGAUCUGAUCAAGCGACGCACCGCCGAAUGGCGACAUGCGCAGGACAUACGCAUGGUAUACGAGGACAAGCUGCAAAAGACAAAUCAAUUGUUCUUCGAGCUGAGCGAGUGCAUGACACAACUGCAGGAGAAAGAGAAAGAGAUUGCCGAGCGGGAACGUAAGCUGCCCGGCUCUGGCUAUAAGCCCACGCGACGUUUGGGCAACACUCUCAGGAAAAUGCAACAUUAUCGACGACGACUGAAUGCGCCACCGGCACAGCCAAUUCAACAGCAGCAAUCCUCAACGCCUGAUCCCGAGACCACGCCAGAGAGUCCCGUUAAAUGUGUGCUCUAUGCACAACUGGAUGGCAAUUGCCAGCCGAAAUCCUACUGCGCUGUCGGCACCAGCACCCUUGUCGGCCCCAAUAUGUCCAACAAAAACAAGAAGACUUGGCGUCAUCGACGCAAUGGCUCGGGCUCUUUUGCCGCGCCGCCGAAAUACAGUCCGACGCGCGAUCGUCGCUAUCAAAGCGAGCCGGAAAACCGCAAGGUUCAGCUGGUCGAGCGGCAAACCCAAACGGAUGCCAUGGAUGUCAGCGAGACGGACAUUAGUCCGUGCGUCGAGCAGCCAGCUGAAGUGCCCCAGCCGCCACCCAAUCAUCGCCAGCUGCCGCUGCAGAUUCAACGCAUCCAGCAGCUGGCCACGGCCAUGGCGCAAGCCAAGGUGCUCGGCAGUAGCCUACCAGCAGCCACUGAUAGCUCACCAGCGAAUGCUGCCAGUCCAUCCAAUGGUAACUCGCUGAGCAACAGCGAGCUGACCUAUCAGGAUGCCUGCUCCAGUCCCGAUCAGCUCAUUGACGACGUGAUGAAUAGCAACGAGCGUCUGGACAUUACUGACUGCUACAGCGACAAUGAGAAUCUGGAGCGUCUGGGCCGCAAAGUCAGCGAAUUCAUUAACGAGAACCGCCUGUCCAUCCAGUCGAAUUCCACAGAGAAUGGCAACGGCGGCAGCGGUGGCAGCGUACACACGACAACGGCGCCGGAGCUGCGAGAUGUGGGCGCAACCAGCAGUCCCUGUCUGAGUCGUUGCAGCAGCACACAGAGCAGAAGACAGGCAAAGCAACAGCAACAACAACAACAGUUGCCAGAGAAUACAACAGCGGUCCACAGCAAUGCUAAUGAUGAAUCGUCUCAGGAGCCUCUGGGCGAGGACAGCUGGUCGGAUGAGGAGGGUGAAGAUACCGACUAUAACUAUGCGUUGCGCAGAAGAAGCAUUGGACGCCUGCCCAUUGGUCGUGGCAUGCGGCCGAGACGUAGCUAUAAGGCGCCGCUCUCACAAAAGAUUGCCAUACACAAGCGUAAUGUGGUCAUCGUAUCCGAUGAGGAAAACACCUCCGAGUACAGUCAUUCGCCGUCGAGCCAACACUCGACGCUCGAAAGCAAUACGGAUAUACCGGUCGAUCUAAAGCUGAAAAAACAACAGAAACAGAACAUCAACAAUAGCUCCAGCGAGCCAGACUCAAGUGACUCCAGCGACGAGGACGAGGACGAGGAGGAGGAGGUCGAGGAGGGCGCUAAAAGGCCGAAGAAGGCGUCAACUCCAGCGCUACCAAUGGGCGCCGUACGCAGCAGCGAUAUUAUAUCUAUACCCACAUUUGAGGCUGAUGGCGCCGUGAAUAUGGUUUAACCUAGUUAUGCAUAGCCUAAGUGAGAAAAGCUCCUACAACAAUUAACCGAAAUCAACUAUCUCUUUAUAUACUCAAAAAAACCUCAAAACUGUAUGGUAUUAUAUAUGUCAUAUGUUAUACAUACAUUCAUACAUACAUACGUAUAUAUAUAUAUAUUUAUGUAUCUUUAUGUCCGAUAUCUGUGUGCAUUGUGUCUUUAGUUAAUAUGAUAUGGAAAACUAGUUGAUCCUUGAGCGUUGAUCGCUUUCCUUUUGUAACAUCAACCUCCAAUAUCCGUGUUCGCUUUUAAGGGUUAGGGGCAAAUUUAUCUAUAUGUUUUGGAUUGAAUUUCCUAAGUUCCACACUUUAAGAUUUAUGAUUUCGUUUUAUUCUGUAAGCUGCCUUUGUAAUAUAUACCUAAUUGCCGUAAUUGUAUAUUUAGUUUAGCCAUUAAGUAGUUCUCAAUCUUAAGAGCUUAACCGCAACACGCUCCCAACUAUAAAAAAAAGAAAAACGAAAAAAAAAAUAAAAAAUCACACCAAAACAGAA